CAAAGAAGUAUAUUUGAGUUUUUUGAUAUUCCAAAUUUCUUCCAUAUCCAUUUGGGUAGACAGGGAAAAGAUGGGUGUUGAGGCUACUGUUUCUGUUACUGUGAAACCCAAAACAACGGGACCUACUUAUCCUUACGCAAACAUCAUUCUCAAGUUUGCUAGCAUUGAAUUGGAUUCGGAUCAACAACAAAAGCAAUUUAUCAAAUGUGUGGUGGAACCAAUUCGGCCUGAUGAUGACACAGAGGAGUACAAGGAGUACGAAGGUGAAGUUGAGGUUCCAGAAGGUUAUGGGGAGAUUGGAGCAGUGAUUGUUGAAUUGGAAUGCGAUACGGCCAAGUAUGAGAAAUUUAUUGACACUAUUUCUCUUACGGACAAAAAGUCUAGGCACUCAACUACGUUCAGUUGCAAAUCAUGGGUGCAAUCCAAAUCGGUUCUUGACCAGCGAAGGAUCUUCUUUUCCACCAAGUCGUAUUUGCCGGGAAAAACACCAGGCGGAUUGUUGAAGCUGAGAGCAGAAGACCUUUCGAAUCUAAGAGGCAUAAAACCAGAUGGAACAGUCGAUAUGAAUGAGCGUAAGGCAUUCGAAAGAAUUUAUGACUACGACUUCUACAACGACCUUGGAGAUUGCGAUGGUCCUGCAGAAUGGAAAAGGCCUGUUCUCGGUGGUUCGGAGCGCCCUUAUCCUCGUCGUUGUAGAACGGGUCGUCUUCAUUGUAUAGCAGAUCCGGUCUCAGAGAAAAGGAGUAAAGAAAGGUUUUAUGUUCCAAGAGAUGAAGAAUUCUCAGAGGUGAAGCAACAUUAUUUCCCUUCAAGUGAACCAGAUAACAAGGAUUUAUUGGGAAAAAAUUCUUUCCAUGACCUCCCACAUAUUGAGUCAAUGUUUAGAGAAGGAAUUAAAGCCCCUGAUGCUCCUCACAAACUUCUUAAAUUUAAUCUAUCAACCAUAGUAACCCCAGAUCACAAACCUGACCUUCAUUCCAAUUCCUCUGUGCCCAGUUCUCUCCUUCAUUAUCCACCACCAGAGUCCUACAGGAGAGAUAGGUACAGUUGGCUCAGUGAUACCGAAUUUGCAAGACAGACACUAGCUGGUCUCAACCCUUACUCCAUACAGCUUGUCACACGUUUGCCGUUAAUGAGUGAGCUUGACCCAGAGAUUUAUGGACCUCAAGAAUCAGCUUUCAACCACACAAAGGUUCAAGAAUUACUCGGAUGUUUCAACGAAGUUAACGAGGCAAUAGAAUGCAAAAGAUUAUUCGUAGUGGAUUACCAUGAUACUUUAAUGCCAUAUGUAAACAAAGUAAGAACAAUUAAUGGGACGACAUUAUAUGGAUCGAGGACAUUGUUCUUCUUGAAGUCGGAUGGCACUUUGAUUCCAUUGGGUAUUGAGCUGACUCGACCCCCAGUGGAUGGUUAUCCCCAGUGGAAACAAAUUUUUACACCAGGCACCGAGGCCACAGAUGUGUGGCUGUGGAGGAUUGCCAAAGCUCAUGUCCUUGCUCAUGAUUCUUGUAUUCAUCAACUUGUUAUCCACUGGCUUAGAGCUCACUGUUGCAUGGAGCCGUAUGCCAUCGCCACAAAUAGGCAAUUGAGUACAUUGCACCCAAUAUAUAGACUAUUGCAUCCACAUUUUCGUUACAAUAUGCGCAUAAAUGCAAAUGCUCGUGAAAGCCUCAUCAAUGCCGGAGGCAUCAUCGAGGGCACAUUUUCUACAGCAUCUUAUUCCAUGGAACUUAGCUCUUCAGUGUACAGAGAUCAGUGGCGAUUUGAUGAACAAGCAUUCCCUGAGGACUUAAUUCGCAGGGGGAUGGCGGAAAGAAAGAAAGAUGAAUAUGGUCGUGAUAUUCUUGAGUUGACCAUCAAAGACUACCCUUUUGCAAAUGAUGGUCUCAUAUUAUGGAAUGCUCUGUUGGAAUGGGUGACAGAAUAUGUGAACCACUAUUAUGGAGAUGAUGAGAAUGCAGUAAUUAAUGAUAAAGAGCUGCAAGCUUGGUGGAAUGAAAUCCAAGAAAAAGGGCACCCAGAUAAAAAGGAAGGAUGGCCUACAUUAAAAACCCGAAACGAUCUCAUUAAGAUUGCAUCAACCAUAGCAUGGGUAGGAAGUGGGCACCAUGCAUCUGUCAACUUCAUUCAAUAUGCAUAUGCAGGCUAUACUCCCAACCGACCGAGUAUUGCAAGGACCAACAUCCUCACAGAGGAUUAUCACCAACUUCCAGAAGAAUUUAUUGACCUGCCUGAAAAUGUGCUACUUCAAGUUUUUCCUUCAGUAGAUCAGGCUACUAUGGUGACAACAACUAUGAUUUUGUUGUCAGCACAUUCUCCAGAUGAGGAGUAUAUUGGGGUCGAGGUAGAGCCAGCUUGGGCUCUUGAGCCUGCCAUAGAUAAGGCCUUCAAAAGGUUUCAAGCCAACUUGAAGGAUCUAGAGCAACAAAUUGAUGAAAAUAAUAAAAAUAAAAGCUUGAAGAAUAGGCAUGGAGCUGGUGUUGUGCCUUAUGAGGUUCUAAAACCAACUUCAACUGAUGGAAUCACUGGAAGGGGAGUUCCAUACAGCGUUUCCACCUAAGUCCACAACCUGAGGCCUCUCUUUCCCUUCCUACCAAUAAGAUAUGGAUUUGUUCCAUUUUUGUUCGUGUGUGUCUUUCAUCUCCCAUUUCUUGUUAAACAACUAUUGUGUGAGACAUUUAUGUUCAUCACCAUAUUCCACAUGUUCUUAAUCACAAAAUAAAGCAGGAAGGAAAUGCACUUCUUCUUUCUUGAUA